AUGGUUUUAUCACAAAGGCUAGGUCUCUCGCUAAUCGUUGUUCGUAAAUCUCACUGUUUUGCAAGUGCCCUUGUUACCAAGUCACAGGAUUUUGUCUCCAAGUCGGUUCUAUGUCUGGAUUCGGAUCUUGUCUGUAAUGCACACCAGGUGUUCGAUGAAAUUCCAGACUUGAAUGUCAUUUCUGCUACAGCUGUGAUUGGCCGCUUUGUAAAGCAAAACAGACAUGUAGAAGCAAGCUAUGCUUUCAAAAGGUUGUUGUAUUUGGGCAUCAGGCCAAACGAGUUCACGUUUGGCACGAUCAUUGGGUCCUCUACAUCUCUAAGAGAUGUCAAAUUUGGCAAGCAGCUACAUGGGUAUGCGUUAAAGAUGGGACUUUCGUCGAAUGUGUUCGUUGGUAGUGCGGUUUUGAACUGUUAUGUGAAGCUGAGCACGCUGCUUGAUGCUCGUAGAAGUUUUGAUGACACGAGUGACCCAAACGUUGUUUCGAUAACCAAUUUGAUAAGUGGUUACCUUAAGAAACAUGAGUUUGAGGAAGCUCUUUCGUUGUUCAGAACAAUGCCAGAGAGAAGUGUUGUGACUUGGAACGCAGUCAUUGGAGGGUUUAGUCAGACGGGUCGGAAUGAAGAAGCUGUGAAUACUUUUGUGGAUAUGUUAAGGGAAGGUGUAGUGAUUCCUAACGAAUCAACCUUCCCUUGUACUAUAACAGCUAUAUCCAAUAUAGCUUCUCAUGGUGCUGGUAAAAGUAUCCACGCCUGCACAAUCAAGUUCUUGGGUCAGAAAUUCAAUGUCUUUGUUGGGAAUUCUCUGAUUAGUUUUUACUCGAAAUGUGGAAACAUGGAAGAUAGUCUUUUGACUUUCGAAAAGCUCGGAGAAGAACAUCGAAACAUUGUAUCUUGGAACUCUAUGAUAUGGGGUUACGCGCACAACGGAAGAGGAGAAGAAGCUAUAGCCAUGUUUGAGAAAAUGGACACAAACCUGAAACCAAACAAUGUGACACUUCUUGGACUGUUAUUUGCGUGUAACCACACAGGCCUAAUCCGUGAAGGGUACUCGUAUUUUAACAAAGCGGUGAAUGAUUACAAGGAUCCAAAUCUGCUACAACCUGAGCACUAUGCUUGUAUGGUUGAUAUGCUCUCUAGGUCAGGUCAUUUCAAAGAAGCAGAGGAACUUAUCAAAACUAUGCCUAUUGACCCGGGAAUCGGGUUUUGGAAAGCAUUACUUGGGGGAUGCCAGAUUCACUCAAACAACCAUAUAGCUAAGUUAGCUGCUUCCAAGAUCUUGGAGAUGGAUCCUAGAGAUGUUUCAUCAUACGUUAUGCUUUCGAAUGCUUACUCUGCUGCGAAAAAGUGGCAGAACGUGUCGCAGAUACGAAGGAAGAUGAAGGAAAUGGGAUUAAAGCGUAUUACGGGAUGUAGUUGGAUUGAAGUUAGAGGCAAAGUUCGAGUCUUUGUCAAUGCUGACAAGAAAAACGAACUGAAAGAUCAAGUGUAUGGAGCCUUAUCACUUAUUACACAAUAUCUGAGGGAAAAAGAAGACUUUGUGGAAGACUUGUGA